UGUUAUCGAUAAUAAAUGAUGAAAAUAAACAUUUUUGGGAGAUGUAACCGAAGACAUUUUUAAUUAUUAAACUUUAAUUAUUGAAAAUGUUCUAUGAACACAUAAUUUUGGCCAAGAAAGGUCCGUUGGCCAGGAUCUGGUUAGCAGCACAUUGGGACAAAAAGAUUACAAAAGCUCAUGUGUUUGAAACUAACAUUGAGAAAUCUGUGGAUGGCAUCUUGCAGCCUAAAGUAAAACUAGCGCUCAGGACAUCUGGACAUUUGUUGCUUGGAGUUGUGCGCAUUUAUUCAAGAAAAGCUAAGUACUUAUUAGCUGAUUGCAAUGAAGCAUUUGUUAAGAUCAAGAUGGCUUUUCGACCAGGUAUGGUCGACUUACCUGAAGGACAUAGGGAAGCAAAUGUUAAUGCCAUAACACUGCCGGAAGUUUUUCAUGACUUCGACACGGCGCUGCCCGAAUUAAAUGAUAUUGAUAUUGAAGCUCAAUUUUCUAUUAAUCAGUCUAGAGCUGACGAAAUAACAAUGAGAGAAGAUUACGGCAGUAUGUCGCUCUCCCUUCAGGAUGACGGCUUUGGCGAUAUAGGUUUCGAAGCGGAAACGCCCGAAAUCAUCCGGGGAUCAAUUCCUUCAAAUAUCAAUGAUAAACUCUUUGAUAGUGACGUAUUGGAGAAUAUUGAGUCUUUGGAUCCACAUGGAAGCGUGGACCAAGCAGAUAUAUCCGGUGCCAGAUUAGACGGGGAUGGAUUUGGAGACUCUUUUGGACAGCCCGAACUUUUUGAAGAUGAUCUUUUUGGUGAACCUUCGCAGCCAGUUGAACAGAUUGGUAAGGCUUCUAAAGAAAUUAUUGUCGCCGAAGAUUCCGAUGAAGAUGCCAUUGAUACUGCUAAUACCGUUCCGUCGCCUACCACAUCGUGUAUUAACUCAGUUAUUGAUGAAAAAAGUGAAACUAAUUUGCACGAACACGGCAAUGUGACUGAAAAUUUGCCAAUAAAUGAAAUAACUCUUGUUCAACACGAGGAUGAGGGAUUCGCUUUAGCUCCUGUUGAUGCAACUAGUUAUAAAGGCGUAACAAAAGCUAAACGCAAACGAAAACUUAUUAUUGAUGAAAUAAAAAAUAUUUCUGGAGAAGAAAUGAAGGCUCAGUUGGCCGAUACUUCAGAUAUAUUAACUACACUAGAUUUGGCCCCACCUACAAAAAGACUUAUGUAUUGGAAAGAAACUGGAGGUGUCGAAAAACUGUUUUCAUUACCAUCAAGAUGCAUCCCAGCCAGAUCCUUAUGUAAUAAUUACAAUAGGCAGUUGUUUUCCCAUUCAACACUUUUUGAGGACUUUUCAAGUGUUGCUCCAAUGGAAAUUCUAGCAUUGGAAUUUUAUGCUCAAGAAAACGAUAAUUCAUUAAUUAUUUUAAAUAAAAAAGGACGCAAACGAAAGAACGAUCUAUCUCAUAACCCGGAUCAUGCACCAGAUACAUUAAUUCAGAGCUUAGAAGCUCCAGAGGUUGUGAGAGAAGACCAAAAAUCUUUAGGGUUAUCCGCAGUUUCUAUAGAUAUCACAGCAAGAGAUCAAGAAAGUAGGGUUUGCCAAAAUGAAUCAGCUUUCGAUAAUAUGCAAAGUCCGGAUCUUUUAUCCUUUAAUGAUAUGGAACAUUUCUCAUCAAUAAAUGAACUGCCCUUAACCCCAAGAAAUACGAGUCAUGACAUGGGAGAUGAUUUCAACCAAGGAGAUUCAACGCCAGCUGGAUUAGAUCAUGGUGAAACGACUCCGCAGCACACAAAUAUUGGCGAGAUGAACAAUAUUCCUAUUAUGUCAACAGAACAAAUAAGCGCCAUAUUUAAUGAAUCUAUCGAGCAACCUUUGUUGAAUGAUAACGGGUUCUUAAAAAAACCAAGCAAUUUUUCGAAAGAAUGGCAAAACUACGAAAUUCCAACCUUUGUUGGACAGAAUCACAGUGACGAACAAAUGGAAAAUGAAACUGAUGAACAAUUUGAGGAACGUGUCUUAAAUAAAAGAGCAGCACAACUCUUUAUUGAUGUUAGAACACAUUUUAUCGUUAAAGAAAACUUGUCUCUUUCUCAACUUACUGCACAAAACUCCAGAAAACAGGCGGCUCAAAAAUUCUACUCCCUUCUUGUGUUAAAAAAGUUUAAGGUGCUUCACAUCGCUCAAUCAGCUCCCUACGCUGAUAUUACUAUUUCUAAGGGCCCUACAUUCGAAAAUCCGAAAAUAUAAUGUUAAAAACAACUGCAAGAAGAUCUGUCCUGACUCACACCGAUAUAUACAUUUUAUUUAUUUUAAUUAUAGCAAAAAUACAUCCAACAAUA